AUGUCAUCUACUGCUGCUGCUGCUACAUUCAACCCCUUCUUGGACCCCUGCUAUGACGAGUCAUGGGGAUGCACUUUCAACAGUAUGUCCCCAUACAUGUGGGCUAACCUCGGCAUUACCUUCUCUCUGGCUUUCUCCGUUAUUGGCGCCGCAUGGGGUAUAUUCCUGACUGGUUCUUCAUUGGUUGGAGCUGCUGUACGUGCUCCUAGGAUCAAGUCCAAGAAUCUUGUUUCCAUCAUCUUCUGUGAGGCUGUCGCUAUCUAUGGUGUUAUCAUGAGUAUCAUCAUGAACUCCAAGAUGGAGGGUGCUAGAGAAUUCGUUCCCCCAGCUAUCCCCACUGGUAACAUGGCUGUUGCCCAGGCUGCUGGAUACUGCCUCUUCGCAUGCGGUCUCUCUGUUGGUUUCUCUAACCUCUUCUGUGGUGUCUGUGUCGGUGUCUCUGGUUCCGGCUGUGCUCUUGGUGAUGCUCAGAAGCNNNNAUCGAGUCGAUACUCUCUGGCUGACGACCCUCGCUUGACUACUCGUGCCUCCCAAACUAACUUUAACUGGAUGCGGGUGGGUGGGUUCAGGAAAGUCCCCAUUAACUAA